GGCCGCUGCCGGCGGGAGCUCCGGAGCGGAGCGGGCCGGGCGGGUGUCGGCCGCUGCCUCUGGCUCGGCACUCGCCGAGCUGAGCUCUGACGAAGGGCCUGGAGCGGAGGUUCUGUGAGGAGCGGCCGAGGGUGCUGGGGCUGUUUAGCCUGGAGAAAAGGAGACUCGGGGGCAGCGUAGCUCUUUCUACAAGCGCCUGAAAGGAGGCUGUGGGCAGGGGGAGGUCGGUCUCUUCUCCCAGGCAACCAGGAGACACUGCCGUCAGCUGCAGCACGGGAGUUACUAGCGGAAGAGGAGGAGGAGGAUGGGGUGCCUCUAACCAGAGAUACAGUAAUGUUAUCCAGCCAUCUUCCUUCAAGUCUGAUACGUGGGGUGGCAGCAGAGAUCACGGAAAAGGUUUCUUUGGCUCCUCUGACUUCGGAUCCUCAGGAGGCAGCAGCAGAAAUGCAGACUUUUCACAGAACAGGUUCUCUGCCUUAGCCAACAGUCAGAGUGUUGCUGAUGGCUCUAAAGAUGAAGAGGAGAGACUUCUUGAAUGUGUAGUGAAAGACAUGGAAAUUUGGGAAUCUUCUGGACAAUGGAUAUUUUCAUGUUACUCACCAAUGAAAGAAAAGCCAAAUGUCUCAGGCUUUUCAGAUGUCUCACCAGAAGAGCUGCGACUAGAGUAUUAUGACAGCAGAGCAAACAAUAUCAUUGGGAAUUAUAUAGAUGCUGUCCAAAAUUUAGCACUACAAUGGAAAAAUCGGCUACUUCAGUUGAAAGCUUUAAAUGCAUCAACUAAAGCAUCUUUGCUCUCUGCUUUCAAGACCACAGGCACUCAAGCAGCACCUGCCUUUGGAAUGGGAGGACAGCAACCCUCAGGCUUUGGGCUGUCAAGCUUUCCUGUGAGCAGCAGCAGCAGCAGUACCAGUGCCAGCAGUUUCUCCUUUAAAGCCAGUUCCAGCCUCAUCAGUUCCACAUCAUCUGGGAGCAGCCCUGCUGCUGGGAGCUCUUCUGCUGCUGUAAAUCCUCCUGCAUUUGGGACAGCAUCCUCUCCUAGCACACCCCAGUCCGUGGGCUUUGGCAGCGCAGCCGCUCCAUCCGCAGCCUCCUUCUCCUUUAAAGCAGCUGCCACGGCUGGUGGCUUUGGGACUUCUGCCUUCUCAGGCUUUGGCAGUGGAACUUCUGCUGGGAACUCUGCAGGCACCACUCCAGCAGCCUUUGGAGCCUUUGGUGCCACCGGAGCCCCUUCUGGCUCACCCUCGAGCGGCGCUUUAUUUGGACAGAGCAGCAGUGCCUCUGCACAUCCUGUCACCUCAGCGUCUGCUGCAGCCACCAACUCCAGCCCUGCCUCAGAGAAGUUAUUCACUCCCAAGGGCGAACUGUCAGCUGAAGAGUGGCAACAGUUUGAAGCAAAGGAGUUCACAAUUGGAAAGAUUCCUCUGAAACCACCACCAUUAGAACUUUUAAAUGCUUUCGACCUUUUAAGUUUAUUCAGAAGUAACAUGUUUUGAAAUGUAAUAAAAUGCUACUUUUAACUUUUGUUUCAUCUCUCAAGUCUGCAGGAAUAAAAUUAUAAGUAUAAACAUG